AUGCGCCAUUUUUGCUCGAUAUGCGGCGUCCUGAUCCGUUCCUGCGCUGCUGAGGAUGAUAUGGGCCCUCCUGUCGAGGACCUGGAAUGGUAUCAGUUGAUCCGGGUCUUCUAUAAAGAAUGGUCUGAAGGCAUUGCCGAAGUCACUGGGGUCGGAUAUCUCAACACCUUGAAUCAGCCCGUUGUGCCCAUGAUCUUCAACGGGUUAUAUUGGCAACCUAAUGUCUAUAUAAACAACUCUGUCCCGUACUCUGGUGCUAGCCCGCACUGUUGCACGUACUUAGCCCAUGAAGCGUGCUGGAGGGUCCUGCUCGAUCGGACUUUGUAUGGCAAUCUUUUCACGGAUUUUGUGGCCGUCGCAUUGGCGCAGCUGUUUUGGGGUGCCUCUUUGUACAGGCAGUACUCCUUUAUUCGAAGACAUGACUACGGCGGAUCAAAUGAAUUCUGGGAUGCUGAAGGGGAUCCAAUCGAAAUUAUGUCACGGGAAGGAUAUGGGCAUUGUGCUGUUGAACCUUCGGGGUUUGUCAGUGUUGAGGACCUUUUGAGCUGCCUUGGUCCUGAGGUUCCGGUCGAAAUUCCUACUACUUAUCCCAUAAAUUCCACGUUGAGGCUCGGGAAUGGCCUCGAAAAGUUCACUAAAUUCCCUACGGAGGUUAUGCACAUGCUCUUGACUUGGUUGCAUUCAGAUGAUAUCCAGCAACUCCGUCUAGCAUCCCGGCCAGUUGCUUCAAUAUCCCAUCCAGACCAACUCCCACAAUUCUUUUGGUAUGGCCGAUUCUUCCCAGAUUUCGGAAUGUGGUUCGCAAUGCCAAUUCACACAAAAGGGUUCUAUGAUUGGCGAUCUCUCUAUUUUAGAGUUAAACGCGGCCUGAAGACGCAUAGCUCUGACCGUCUCGUGAAUCGAAAGAGGGUGUAG